UCACGUAACCACCAGACGCGUCUUCGUUCGAACUCGCCGAUAUAAUCGAACCUUUACUUCUUCUUUUCUUUUUAAAAAAUCGAAGAAUUACAAGAAAAGAAUCGUAUAAUUAAUAUUUGCCUUGGCUUUAUCGGAUUCGAAACACGCAUACGCAAAUUCGAGAGAUACCCGAAGAAAGGAUUUGUCGUAUUUAAAAGGCGUGGAUCCAGAUCGUUUUCUGCUGGUGGAGAGAUAGAGAUAGAGAGAGAUUCACGAUGCCGGAAAUAUCUCCGGCUGAGCUCGCCAGGGUUUCUUCGUCUUCUUCUUCUUCCUCAAGUUCCGGCCGAGCGUCGGUAAAAAUCGAGGAGAUUGAAGGCGGUGCUGCUGCUGGUGGCGUCGUCAUUGGCUCUGAAGAACUUGAGACCAAUCCCAAAACUGUUGUUGCCUCCAUUGCUGAUGAAACUGUGGCUGAAUCUUCAGGUUCUGGCAAUAAAAGCUUUUCUCGAGUAUGGACAAUGCCAUUGGAGGGUUCAUCGAGCAGUGAUAGGGCUGAAUCAUCAUCAACAAACCAACCUAGGUUAGAUAAAUCAAAGACUGAGAGGCAGCAAAAAGUUACUCACAUUCUUGCUGAGGAUGCUGCUAAGAUUUUCGAUGACAAAAUCUCUGCAGGGAAGAAGCUUAAAUUGCUGAACCGUAUAGCUACUGUGAAACAUGAUGGGACAGUUGAAUUUGACGUUCCAGCAGAUGUUAUCCCCCAACCUAUUGUUGUUGACCGUGAAGAAUCCAAAAACGGUCUUUGCGCUGAUGAGUCUAUUGAUGGGGUUGACCUUCAGUAUAUCCCUCCUAUGCAAAUCGUGAUGUUAAUUGUUGGAACACGCGGUGAUGUUCAACCUUUUGUUGCAAUAGCCAAACGGCUUCAGGAUUAUGGGCAUCGAGUUCGACUUGCAACUCAUGCAAAUUUUAAAGAGUUUGUUUUGACUGCUGGAUUGGAGUUCUAUCCUUUAGGUGGAGAUCCAAAAGUGCUCGCCGGUUAUAUGGUUAAGAACAAGGGAUUUUUGCCAUCAGGCCCUUCAGAGAUUCCAAUUCAACGAAACCAAAUGAAGGACAUCAUAUAUUCUCUACUUCCAGCAUGCAAAGAACCUGAUCCAGAUUCUGGAAUUUCCUUUAAAGCUGAUGCAAUUAUUGCCAACCCUCCAGCAUAUGGACAUACCCAUGUCGCAGAAGCACUGAAGAUACCGAUUCACGUAUUUUUCACCAUGCCAUGGACACCAACAAGUGAAUUUCCACACCCAUUGUCACGUGUCAAACAACCAGCAGGAUACAGACUUUCGUAUCAAAUCGUCGACUCAUUGAUCUGGCUUGGAAUAAGAGAUAUGGUAAAUGACCUUAGGAAAAAGAAAUUGAAACUACGGCCUGUUACAUAUCUAAGCGGAACACAAGGAUCUGGAUCUAAUAUCCCACAUGGAUAUAUGUGGAGUCCUCACCUUGUCCCAAAGCCAAAAGACUGGGGGCCUCAAAUUGAUGUAGUGGGAUUUUGCUUUCUUGAUCUUGCAUCCAACUAUGAACCUCCUGCAGAGCUUGUGGAAUGGCUAGAAGCUGGUGACAAGCCCAUAUAUAUCGGCUUUGGUAGUCUCCCUGUGCAAGAACCAGAGAAAAUGACAGAAAUCAUUGUAGAAGCACUUCAAAGAACUAAACAGAGAGGAAUCAUCAACAAAGGCUGGGGUGGCCUUGGAAACUUGAAAGAACCGAAGGACUUCGUUUACUUGUUGGAUAAUGUCCCACAUGACUGGCUAUUCCCGAGAUGCAAAGCUGUGGUUCAUCAUGGUGGUGCUGGAACAACGGCUGCAGGUCUUAAAGCCUCGUGCCCAACUACAAUCGUGCCUUUCUUUGGAGACCAACCUUUUUGGGGAGAACGAGUGCAUGCUAGAGGUGUAGGUCCUGCACCAAUCCCAGUGGAUGAAUUCUCACUUCAUAAGCUUGAAGAUGCCAUAAAUUUCAUGCUCGACGAUAAGGUGAAGAGCAGUGCAGAGACGCUAGCAAAGGCGAUGAAGGACGAGGAUGGUGUGGCUGGAGCCGUGAAGGCCUUCUUUAAACAUCUUCCAAGUGCGAAACAGAAUCUUCCGGAUCAGAUCCCAGAACCUUCUGGAUUUCUCUCUUUCAGAAAAUGCUUUGGCUGUUCGUAACUCUCUCCCUCCAGAAUCUCCUCUUUUCUCUUUUGUAUUGUUGUCUCUUGUAUGUCCUGUUUUCUUCUUCGGUUUUGGCUUUACAACAACUCGCUUAGGAAAAGUUAUAACAUUUGUGAAGUGCUUGGGAAAUUCGAUAUUUUAGGGGAUGCAUAUAAUUUAAAAUUAUAAGUAGCAAAAAAAUAUAUUAAAAUUUCUGAA